ACCCCUUAGAUUCUGAACAAACAUAAGAUAUCCUUUGUUUCUAUUUAUUUUAUACUUAUUCCAGAAUUUAAUCAUGUGAUGAAAUGCUCUGGAUCUCCACGUUUUUAUGAUCUAUGUCGCUUUGCAUUGUUUUGGAUUUUAGUUGCUAAUAUGUUUAUUGCUAGAGUUAGUUUUAAAGGGUUUCUUUGUUGAAGAACUAGUAUAGUAUGACUAAGUUAUUAGAAUGUGUUAGCAAUUCCUCUGUUUGACCAGUUCCUUCAUUUGAUGAGUACCAGGAGGGCUCUCUCCUCUCUUGCAUAGCACUACAGUGGUAGAACAGAAUUGGAAAGAAAUGAUUUUCUCAUGUUAAAUUUCUCUUCAUGCUUCUUUAAAAAUACACUUUCUAAUAGGGCUGACCUCCAGGAGUGUGUCAGUGUAUGAGAAGCAAUAGACAACGUCUAACUAUCAUAUUAUACAAGUGUCAUCUUAUCCCGAUACUAAUGGUCGAUUUUAGAUUUUAAGGGAUGUGGGUUGUUCCUCAGUGCAGUGUGCAAAAGAGCGUUGGAUCUCUACAAAGUGCAUAUCAUCCAUAACCCUGAGAGCUCUUCCUAAAUCUAUAGAAACAAAGGAACAAGUUGUUCAUCAUGGCAACUCAGCUUCAACCAAGAGUAAUAGGCAUUCCCAGAAAUCAAGCUUCUUUUACAGGUUUGUUCGAUGUAAAAGUAUACACUACAAAUAGAGCACGACUGAGGACUUCCUCCAGGAACAGAUUUAUGUGCACCUUAAAUCAGUCAGCACGUGUCUCGGCUCAAGCAGAGCAAAGAGAAAGUAGGACUUUGGUCAAAAUGUGUGGGGUUACAUCAGCUAGAGAUGCUGCUCUUGCAGCAGAAGCUGGAGCCAAUUUUAUUGGUAUGAUCAUAUGGCCUAACUCAAAACGUUCAGUUUCACUUUCCACUGCAAAGGAAAUCUCGAAGGUUGCGCGGGAAUAUGGAGCUCAGCCAGUUGGUGUGUUUGUAGAUGAUAAUGCUGACACAAUACUAAGGGCCUCUGAUGAAGCAGACCUUGAAUUGGUGCAGCUUCAUGGAAAUGGAUCUCGAGAUGCUUUUCCAGUUUUAGUCGGAGAGAAACGUUUAGUAUAUGUUCUUCAUGCAAAUGAAGAAGGAGGCCUUAUUAACUCUGUUUCAGAUGAGGAGUCUUCUCUGGUUGAUUGGAUUCUAGUGGACAGUGCCAAAGGCGGCAGUGGCAAAGGGUUCAAUUGGGCUCGGUUUAAGCUACCAUCAAUUAGAAGCAAACAUGGAUGGCUCUUGGCUGGAGGAAUUAAACCGGAGAAUGUUUGUGAAGCUCUUUCUGCUCUUAAACCCAAUGGAGUGGAUGUCAGUAGUGGCAUAUGUGGACAGGAUGGCAUCGAAAAGGAUGAGUCCCGGAUAGUAUCAUUCAUGAAUGAAGUGAAAUCUUUACGCCUUUAGUUAAAUACUGAAUAAUGGCAAAUUCCCUAGUGCAUGCAAAUUGUUAAAUCAACUGCAAUAUUAGUGCUUGCUGAUCCUCCUGUAAUUGCUCAGCUGAUUAGUGCAAGGCCAGGACUUAUAUCUCAUGAAAGAUGCAUCAAGUUUGUAUUUGAAAAUCAAGUAACAUUACAUACUUUCCUUAUGUAAUGGAAUCAAAGUAUUUUGUCAUGUCA